GAGGGAGGACUGGGCCUGGCGGCUGCGGUUCCGGGAAUCCCUCCAUUGUGGCCCUGAGGAUCGAUGCCUGUCCCCGCCCCCGCCCAGCCCCAGCUGGUGGAGCUGCGGCUCUGGGAAGAGCCUUUCCCACCCCCUUCGGCUCCAACAAAUGAAACCUUCGUUUUUGUUUUUGUUUUUGCUUCCGAGAAUCGCUUCCCUGUGCGCUCCUUUAGCCGAGCUACCUGUAAUCCAGCCAGGCCUGCCUUGUCUUCUUCCUGGAGGUCUAAACUCGGGAUGAAUUAUUAAGAAGGCUCCUGAGGGUGCGGAACCUCCUGUGAUCAAAGGAAUCUCAUUAGCGUUGGGUAGCGUGCAGUCCAGGAGAGGGAAUAGGCCUCUCGGGCGGUAUGUGCGUGGAGAUCUGUUCAAGUUCGCAGAGACUUUUUUUUUUUUUUUCUUUUUGAGGAUCGUUUAUAAGUAGAGUAUAAAAGAGGAAAGUGAUUUGGUUUAACUUGUGUUGUUUGAGAACCAGAAAUCCAGACGUACCUGGUCUGCUCCUCACAGCCCUGCUGUUUCUGGAGACCGUGUGAUGACAAAGGUGGUGGGCAUGGCCACAGUUCUGGGCCCCAGGCCACCCGAAGAGUCCAUGGGGCCUGCAGCUAUGAAAGUUGAGGAGGAUGAUGAAAAACAGAAGUGUCGUCCUAGCCUGGAGACGUUCCGCCAGCGCUUCAGGCAGUUCGGGUACCAUGAUACCCCUGGGCCCCGAGAGGCGCUGAGCCAGCUGCGGGUGCUCUGCUGUGAGUGGCUGCAGCCUGAGAUCCACACCAAGGAGCAAAUCCUGGAGCUGCUGGUGCUGGAGCAGUUCCUGUCCAUCCUGCCCCGUGAGCUCCAGACCUGGGUGCAGGAGCACUGCCCUGAGAGUGCAGAGGAGGCUGUCACUCUCCUGGAAGACCUCGAGCAAGAACUGGAUGAGCCAGGACUACAGGUCUCGGCUUCUCCAAAGGAACAGAAGCAGGUUUGGGAGAAGAUGCCGACUUCAGGACCUACCAUGGAGACUCCGAGCAGUACCCAGACUCAACCUGUGGAUGCCAGCCCCAAGUACGAGUUUUGGGGGCCCCUAUACAUCCAAGAGACUGGUGAGGAGGAAGACUGCACUCUGGAUCCAAGAAAGCGUCAAGGUUGCAAAUCAAAUCUCCAGAAGGAGGAGGAAUCAGGAGAUGAGCAGAAAAGUUCUGAAGAAGAGUCUCAUGCAGAUGGACUCAAAAGGGAUAUCAUCCCUGUGAUUAUUGCCAAUAAGUAUGGGGCCAGGUCAGAAAGGCAGUGGGUCAACAACCUUGAAAGAGGAGCAAAAACCCCUCUUCGAGACACAGGUUCCAAGAAGAGGGCGGAAUCGGUGUCUAAAUCUGCUCCAGGAGAAAAACGUUAUAUAUGUGCAGAGUGUGGGAAAGCCUUUAGCAAUAGCUCAAACCUCACCAAACAUAGGAGAACUCACACCGGGGAGAAGCCUUAUGUGUGUACAAAAUGUGGGAAGGCUUUCAGCCACAGCUCCAACCUUACCCUUCAUUACAGAACACACUUAGUGGACCGGCCCUAUGACUGUAAGUGUGGGAAAGCCUUCGGGCAGAGCUCAGACCUCCUUAAACAUCAGAAGAUGCAUGCAGAAGAGGCGCCCUAUCAGUGUAAGGACUGUGGGAAAGCCUUCAGUGGGAAAGGCAGCCUCAUUCGACACUAUCGCAUUCACACAGGGGAGAAGCCCUAUCAGUGUAACGAGUGUGGGAAGAGCUUUAGUCAGCACGCAGGUCUCAGUUCCCAUCAGCGCCUGCACACAGGAGAGAAGCCCUAUAAGUGUAAGGAAUGUGGGAAAGCCUUCAACCACAGUUCAAAUUUUAAUAAGCAUCACAGAAUUCAUACUGGUGAAAAGCCCUACUGGUGUAAUCAAUGUGGGAAAACCUUUUGUAGCAAGUCAAAUCUUUCUAAACAUCAGAGAGUCCACACUGGAGAAGGAGAAGUACUGUAAUUGUCAAGUGUUCUGGCUUUCGUUUUUGUAAACUUUAGAAUGUGAAUGGUAGGGAGAAGCUCUGUAAUGCAGUAAUGUUUGGUGGUAGGUUUUGUUCCAGUCAUCAAGGAAUGCCAUGGAGCUCUGCAGUGGCAGGGCAGACCAGAGGUCUGCAGAGCAGCAGUGGGCUCCACACUAGUCACCCAGCAGGGUCUCUCAUACUUUAGGUCCCAGUGAACCAUGCCAACAUUGCCUUCUGCAUAGUUAAACUGAUGUGUGUCCAAUGUAGUUAAGGAAGAAACACUGAAAUUGUUUAAUUGUUUUAAUGUGUAUUCCACGGUUGUAGUUUGUAAAGAAUUGAGCCACCUUUAACAGUCUGUUUCAGAAUAAACAUACAUAGCAUCA